AUGUAUUCAGAUGCAAUUGAUUUCUAAUAAGACAUGGAAUACAAAGUGUUCUUAAAUAUUAACCCUAUAUCUUAACCUAAACAACAGUAGUUCUUGAAAAAGAAUGCCAAGUUGAAAACAGUAAGGGGAAGAAUAACCGUGAAUGAUAAAAAGUAUCCCAGUGAAAGAACUAUAAUCUUUGCUGAACCGGAAGAGGAAAGUGAGGAAGAAUUUUAUGAUAUCAAAUUUGGUCGAAAAUAGAAUUGCUUAUGA